AUGUUAAUCAUCAUUAACAAAAGAAAUCAAAAUAGAAAGACUACUUAAAAACUUAAAUAUUUAGAUUCUGUCUAAGAAUAGCCAAGAAGAGCAAGUUGCUGUUGUGAUAAUUGUGGCAAAUUAACUCAUUUUUAACAAAUUUAUCAGAAUUCUCCUUUGGUAGUUCAACAACAUUAUGUUUAAAAAUAAUAACAGAGUUUACUAAUUGAAUGUAAACCCUUAAAGAAAAUGAUUUCUACUAGUUUUCAUCUCUCUAACAAAAAUACUACUCCAAUCAAAAAAAGAAGACAUAGUUGUAAAUGUCAACAAUGUGGUUAAGAAACUCUAUUUUAAAAGAAUACUUGUUAUAAGAUCCCUAUAAGAUAACCUAUUAAAAGUCCUCAUUUCAAAACAUUCAUUAUAAAGAAAUCUCUAGGAAAAGUAUUUUAAGAAUUCUCAGAUGUUAAAAAAACAUAUCCUUUAACAUCUCGAUCCCAUAAAGAUGUUUUAAUAAAAUCUCCAAUUCUUGUUAAUAGACUAAAAACAGGUUCCUGUCUGCUUCCUCUUUAAAAUUCCUAAAGUUUUAAAUAUUAAGUUAAAACUAAUAAGUAAUUAGUGGAAUUAAAUAGAUUUAAGAAUGGAAAUUCAUCAGAGAAAUGUAAAUAUUUAGUCAAUAAACAUGAACAUAUAAUUCCUACAACAACUAUAAGAUUAAAGACUAUUUUUAAUUGA